GCCGGCCGUGGAUCACGCGUACUGUUGAGUCGCUCUCCCGCGUCGGUAAUACACGUAUUAAAAUUCCCCGGAGCGGAGAACUCCAUUAAAUUUCGCAUAAUUAAAAAUAAUAAGAGAAAAUCCCAGCCUCAAAUAAAUAGCACAAAGAAUAUAAAAAUCUCGGAGAUGAAAAAGGUAAAUUACGGUGUAAAAAAUUCGUAAUUAAAGACAAAAAACAUUACGUGUUCCAGUUUCAGUGGGAGAAUUUAAUCAGUAAGAAAUUGAUGCGUAAUUGGACACUGACUGACUCAAGUAGUUCUCCCUUUGUUUCGGCGUCGCGUGCCUGUUCGCUCAGAUUCCGGGAAAAUUGUUUUCGUGAGAGGUCGAAGUGACGAGUGAUCGGUGAAAAUCAGUGUAUCGCGUUGUGAAUAAUAAAUAGAUGUGAUAGGGUAUCAUCUUUCAUCUCUCCAGUGGCCAACUGCUUCCGACGUGAACAAAAGUAUCGGCUGAAGAAGAAGGAAGGACAAAGAAUAUAAUAAAAAAGCUGUUGUCGCAGGCGGUGCACUCGUUAUGGCGGUAACAGCUCCUUCCUGCGAUGGAUAGCCCACAGACAGGGAUGAUUUUGUCACAGUGGUUGUGUCACCUCAGUCUUCAGUGAUUGCUGGUGGUGGUGGUUGGGUAGUUCACGCUGGUAGUAGUGUUUCUGGUGAUUGAGUGCGAUUAAUCAGAUCUGCUGAUGGAGGACAAAAUUAAUAUCUGAGAUUGUAGCCAGUUGAUUGAAGCAUGUGGAUUACGUGAAGUAAGUGUUGAUUCAUCGCAGACGAGUGAUUUUAUAAAAGAAAUUAGUGAAAAAUGUGGAGUGUUGUGAUUGUCAUCGGGAUGAUGAACUUGGCUGCCUAUGCUGCCAUUGGGAUAACACCGAGGGAAACUAUUGUGCCUAUGUUGAAUAUAAGUGCGGUGGAAGGUGGUGCUGUUGAACUACCCUGUGACAUAACCCCCUCUGGAUAUGAUGCACUUCACAUGGUCUUGUGGUUCAAGGACGGAGGUGAUGGGAAUCCAGUUUACACAGUCGACGUCAGAAACAAAGCACUGAACGAUGCUCAACAUUCCUCCGACACCGGUGUCUUCGGUCCUCGUGCUUUUUUCCGAACCGCAAUGACCCGGACCGCAGUCCUAGUCGUCGACAAUGUCAAACGUCACGACGCCGCAAUCUACAGAUGCCGGGUAGACUUUCGUCAGGGCCAAUCUCGAAGUAUCCGCUACAAUCUAUCAGUUGUUGUCCUACCCGAAAAACCAGUGAUACUAGAUCGCUGGGGACAGGCGUUAAAUCGAACCGCUGGUCCCGACGAGGAGGGUGCAGAUCUCAUUUUAACAUGCCGGGUAACUGGAGGUACACCUCCCCCCAGGGUCAGGUGGACUGUCUACAACACCAGGAUCGAUGUCUACGUGAAGAGUUCUGCAGAUGUCAUUGAGAACAAGUUGACGAUGAGAUCUCUGAGGAGAGCUGACCUGGGUAUGAAUUUCACGUGCGAGGCGAUGAAUACUGAUCUAGUCGAGCCAACGAGAAAGACUGUGACACUCGAUCUUAUUCUGAAACCUUUGACAGUGAAUAUCAGGAGACCUGGCAGCAUCGCCGACGAAGGAAAAAACGACUCAUUACAAGCGAAACGCCGUUACGACCUCGAGUGUGAGACAACAGGAUCAAAUCCUCCAGCGAUAAUCACUUGGUACAAAGGAAAACGGCCUCUUAAGCACGUGAGGGAGGAAAGGAGUCAAAAUCGUACAAUCAGCCGGGUGGAAUUUUCACCGAGUGUCGACGACAAUCGCAAAUCAGUGACAUGCAGAGCUGAAAAUCCAAACGUGACAGGUCUCUACCUAGAGACUUCAUGGAUCCUCGAUGUCGUAUAUCCACCGAUAGUGUCUUUGAGCCUGGGAUCAACCCUUACCCCCGAGGACAUCAAGGAGGGAGACGACGUUUACUUCGAGUGUCACAUUAACGCAAAUCCACCGAUAUCAAAACUCGCCUGGAUCCACAACGGAAUACUGUUAACUCACAAUACAACGGCGAGGGUCAUCGAGUCUAAUCAAAGUUUAGUACUCCAGAGUGUAACGAGAAAUAGUGCUGGCUACUACGUAUGUGCAGCUACGAACUCAUUGAGGGAAACCAGGAGUGAACCACUGCUCUUUCGUGUUAAAUUCGCUCCGGUGUGUAAGGACGACAGGAUUGUCGUUGUUGGGGCAUCAAGAGGUGAAUCGUUGAAUAUCAGCUGCAGAGUGGAGGCGGAUCCCCCGGUGAGAAACUUCCGGUGGAAGUUCAACAACAGUGGGGAGACUCUUGAGGUGUCACCGAGGAGAUUCACAAUACCGAGGCCAGGUGACACCAAUGGAGUUAGCGUGCUCAAGUACACACCGGCCACGGAGUUAGAUUAUGGCACGUUAUCGUGCUGGGCGGACAACGACGUUGGCGAACAGCCGAAACCGUGUCUUUUUCAGAUUGUUGCAGCUGGUAAGCCCUUUCCAGUUCGCAAUUGUACCCUUGCGAAUCAGACGUACACGAGUGUAGAGGUGAAAUGCGUUCCUGGAUAUGAUGGAGGAUUGCCACAGAAGUUUAUCCUCGAGGUUUAUCACGGGGAUUUUGAUUUUUUGGAGACUCUGGAGCCAAGGUGGAAUGUUACCAGUGAGGAUGCCUUUUUUGCACUCUCGGGAUUGGAGGCUUCGGUGGAUGCCGGGGUCCACGUGGCCGUUUAUGCGGUCAAUGCCAAGGGACGGAGUCUACCGGUGGUUUUGAGUGAAGUGACUUUUCGAGAUGCGGAGAAACGAACCGGUCAAGACGCAGGAAUGGUACUGUCUCCAUUGAUUGGUAUCAUCGUAGGAGCUCUGGUGACGCUCGUCCUCAUAGUUUUUGUUGUUGUCAUGAGGGUCCGGAGAGAACGAAUAUCCAAACCACGUCACGAAAAACCCGCUGAACUGCGAGAAAUACCGACGCAGCAGUAUCCGAACCAGAGUCCCCAGCAAACCGUCGAGACGGAUCCAGACGUUAUUCCGAACAAGUUUGAGGGUCACCUCGUCGAAGUCAGCCCCCCGAGCUACCCAGUGAGCUACCCUAGUGGCCACUGGGUGACACCGGGUCCAACCCCGAGCAUCGACGAACUCUGUCACAAAUUCACUGGUCGUCCCACAGAGCUGAGACUCCCCUCAAGAAGCACAAUACCAACCCUCUCCAAUGCAUCAAUCACAGGGGUUGUGGUUGGUGCUGGCCAAGGUGUCUUCGUCGCCGGCGAAUGUCUGGAUGGUGAGGCCAUCAAAAGACGGUUAAUGGCUAACAGACUUCCCGAAAGCUGUGUCUAAGCUAUUGAAAUUUUAAUUGACGGUAAAAAUAUUAAUCAGUCAAACAAAAAAAAUUCAAGAACUUUUUCGAAUGAAUUGAACGAUUUUUUCGUCGCUGUCGUCGAGUAAAAAUGGUAAAUGUGAUUCAAUGGGUGGAAAAAUCUGACAAAAAGACAACAAACAUUGUAGCCAAAUAGGAACAGACACUUUUCCACAGAAUCUAUGGCCCUAUUUCCCAAGGAAAUAAUUCUCAUCCGCUGUGAAAAAACACCUAUAGAAUUUUUCGCUGAAAAUUUUGUGAGCAAGUUUUUCAUACGUGUAUAAACUUUGAUUAUUAUUCGGGUCAGGGUGACUCUGGGGGUGACUGCUUUGCUCCAGUGAGCCACAAUUCCAUUCGAUACUCUGAAAAGCUACCACAAACCAAUUAUGUAACCCAGACCCAUUCUCAAUUCGAAUUUUUCCACGAAAUACGUGAUAGGAGAGAGUUGGGAUUUCUCAACGCUCACACACACUUGGCUUAGCAUCGAGAAAGAUUGAUGGUGGAGGCGCGUUAAACAUUGUGAGCAAUCGGAGAAAUUGGGAGACAGAUGAAAUGGAUUCUGUGAGUCAAAAGUGAGAGAAACUUGAUGUCUGGGGUAAUUUACCUGAGGUCUGGAAGUUCUAGUGAUUCUUUGAGGUGGGAGGGAGAGGAGAGAAUGUCGAUAUUACGAUUAAUGAAUGAACAUUGAUCCAAUGGUGCGAGAGGGAAAGAGAUGUUGAAGGCUGGAAAUAUGAGGAAAGAGGGAAAUGUAAGUGUAGAAUAUAAUUUUAAAGAUUAUUUCAAUUCCCUUUUUUAUCGAAAGUCCUGAAAGGAAAAGCUACUCACGCAUGAGAUAAUUACAUAUUCAUAAUCCAUUGAGAGAAACAAACCUAUGACGUUUCACUGAAAUUACAUCUCCCCAGGUUUCUUCAACUUCCUUUCCUUCAAAUGCACCAGAUGUCAUGAGCGCAGGGGUGGGAGAAUGUAUGAGUGACUUGGUGGAGAAUAGAAGGAAAAUUGUUGGGGCGAAAUGAAUUUAGGAAGUGCCAUGUGACAAAGUGUAAAAAGAAAAUUACUUUUUCUUUUUUUUAUAAAACCGCAUUCCCUCGGGAUUUUAACCUCGACAAUUUUUUCUCCACUUCAGGAGUUUCGCAACGCCAAAAAAAAGGGUUCACAUUUUUUUUUUCAAAGAUUUCUUCUUCAAAAAGGAACAAAAUAAUUUUUUUGUUUUUCUUCAAAGCGAUUAAAUUAGAACUAACCCCAGGAGAAUUCCGUGAUGAUAUUCAAUGAUAAAUGAAGUGGAACAAUGACUCAUCGUCGAUUCACGUCAGUGUAAAACCGAAGAAUGACAGUUUGACGAGUGAAAACUUGUUAGUAAUUUAGAAAUCACUAGAAUAUUAUUGUAUAUAAUCGUUAUGAGAUAUCGAACUGAAUGAGACAACUCUGAGAAAAGACUAAUGACAUUUUAAUUAAGAUAAAAAACACUCGUUGCAUCUUUUUGGGCGAUCGAAGCGUCAAUAAUCGAUUGAAAAUCGAUAAAACAAAUGAGUAAAAUUGGGGCUAAAUUGAGGAUUUUGUUUGUAAAUAGAACUUCCUUGAAACUUGUUGACCUCUUGACGCCUUCAUAUCGGACUCCAUAUCGUCUCGAAAUCACUUCAUAUGUAUAUAAUAUAUAAAGUUUUAAUUGUAAUAAACUAUUAACUGUCAAACUGCCA